GUUAGAUGUGGAGACGGGAGGGGGAGUCAAAGGGAAUGUGGUAGAUUUUGGUAGAGUUUUGUAGAGUGAUCUAGCAUUGCUGGCAGCUCUUGGUUUCAGGCAGCAUCAGCUACAUUCUUCUCCAUCUCACUUUCUCUCGCUCUCAAAAUCGCCUCCCAUCCAUUCGUCUGACGGCACUUUCUGCUGAAGGACCAAGAACAACAGUUCUUUUGUAGCUUUCUUGAAUUUAAUUUUUGACCCAGAAACGACACUAAUCUGCAACUAUGGAGGCCAUCAAGAAGAAGAUGCAGAUGCUCAAAUUGGACAAGGAGAACGCCAUCGACCGGGCAGAGCAGGCCGAGACGGAGCAGAAAGCAGCAGAGGAGAAAUGCAAGCAGCUGGAGGAUGAGCUGGUCGGCCUCCAGAAAAAGCUCAAACAGACUGAAGAUGAGCUGGACAAAUACUCAGAGGCCCUGAAAGACGCCCAGGAGAAACUGGAACUGUCUGAGACAAAAGCUGCUGACGCUGAAGGUGAUGUGGCGGCUCUGAACCGCAGGAUUCAGCUGGUGGAGGAGGAACUGGACCGGGCUCAGGAGAGGCUGGGUACUGCACUACAGAAACUGGAAGAAGCAGAGAAGGCAGCAGAUGAGAGCGAGAGAGGUAUGAAGGUAAUUGAGAAUCGUGCCAUGAAGGAUGAGGAGAAGAUGGAGAUCCAGGAGAUGCAGCUGAAGGAGGCCAAGCACAUUGCUGAGGAGGCUGACCGCAAAUAUGAGGAGGUGGCCCGUAAACUGGUGAUUCUUGAGGGUGAGCUGGAACGAGCCGAGGAGAGAGCAGAAGUUGCCGAAUGCAAAGCUAGUGAUUUGGAGGAGGAGCUGAAAAAUGUUACAAACAACCUUAAAUCCCUAGAGGCUCAGGCAGAGAAAUACUCAGAAAAAGAGGACAAGUAUGAAGAGGAAAUCAAGGUUCUUAGUGACAAGCUUAAGGAGGCCGAAACCCGUGCAGAGUUUGCAGAAAGAACAGUGGCCAAACUGGAAAAAUCCAUUGAUGACCUGGAAGAACAACUAUCAAGUGCUAAAGAAGAAAACCUUGGCAUGCAUCAAGUGCUGGAUCAGACACUUCAAGAACUGAACAGCUUAUAAGAAAGACGAUGAGAGAGAAAAAUGUCCAUCCAUCAACAUUCCACAAAUAUCUCAUUCACUCCAAAAAUCUCAAGUUAUCAAGCCCUACUUUCUCAUAAAGUAAUAAUUAAAAUGUUGAGUCUUGCUCUAACGUUUUCUACACCUCUGCCUCGAAAUCGCUACCAAAAACCUUUCAAAAUAAAUGAGCCGACGUUUUUCCUGAGGUGCUAUAUCCCUGUUAUUCCCACUGAAACAAUGUUAUAAAUAGCUUAAUAAAUGCUAUACCACAUGGGAAGUGUUUACAUUAAUGUGUGUAGAAAUACCUCACCAUUCCCUCGAAUUGUUGGCAUUAAUGUGUUUCGCGGUCAAAUGAAGUCGUUAAAUGUGCUAGUUUCCAUGAAGUGUUUUUGACUGUGUCAUGCCUGCCACCUACUGGCCAUGUGGUGCACUACAUCUGACUGUUGUGGUGGAUCAUCUGAGAUAGCAACUUCGGGACAUAAUCGAAGUUGAUUCUUUUUAUGUCUUAUGUCUUAAUUAAUUAUAUAUGUCUUAUUUUUUUUAAAUGUCCUUUAUUUGCCUCGAUUUGGAACACGAUUGGCAUAAAAAAAAGUAACAUGAAGUACCAUUGGCAUUUGGACGGUGCCAUGGCAAUGCUGUUUUUUGUUUUUGUUUUUUGUUUUUUACAAAUACCAUGUUGGUAUCGUGGUAUCCUUUGAAUUACCUUGGAGUAUCAUGCAAAUUCCAUGGUACUUGAAUAUGGCUCUGACUAAGCCAUCCUGAAAUGGGGACCAAAGAAAUAUCUGUUCUUACCAAGACAUUUCUGUGAAUGCAUUGUUGAUUUUUCUGUCAAAUUAGUAUUUUUGAAUGCCUCAUACGUUUCUUUUCCACUCUCUGUGUA